AUGCUAGCUGAUGUAAAGGAUUCGGAUAUUCACGUCAAAUUUAUCAGAGCUGUUAACGGUCGCAACAGUGCAGUCAAGAACGCGAUAAUCGAGGUCAGCCCAGAAGUCUGGAGUAAAGUGAUUAAUCAAGGUCGGGGCAGGAACGCCUAUCUAGAAACAGUUGUCGCCCUUAAUGACAAAAAUGCCAACAUUGAUUUUGCAUUCAUAUCUGAGCCAUAUGUCCAGUCAACCACAAAGCAAAUGAAAGCACCACCUGGAUUCACCACAUAUCAAUUCGCACUCCCUGAUCGUCCGACCCGAGCGGCUAUAUGCAUUGGGAACAAUUUUAUCUCCACCCUAGGGGUCACACAAUUCUCAAAUCCUAACCUGUGCAUAGUGCAAUUGACGGAGCAAUCGGGGAAGAAAAUGUACCUAACCUCUAUAUACGUCGAGCCGAUAAACGACGCAAAUGAUACCUUAAAGGGAUUAGAAGCAUUCCUGAGGGAAACAGCUGAUUCUACACACAUUAUCGCGGGAGACUUUAACGGGUGGCAUAGUCUUUGGAACUGCCCCAAAAAUAACGCUAGAGGGAACGUAGUCUCAGACAUGGUCAUAAUCAAUGAUUUGACUGUCUGCAACACUGGCUCCAACCCUACGUUUGAAGUCAUCACUGCAAGCGGACCGCGUGUAUCAAUAAUAGACCUCACCUUGCUAAAGAGCCAACCGCCUCACGGACACCGUGCAAUUAAAGUUCUUGACUGGAAAGUUGAUACUAACAUCUGCCCGUCCUCUGACCAUCACGCCAUAACUUUCACUGUAUCUACAGCACCUCAUAAGUCUGCUCUGUUUAAAAAUAAAGCUAAACUAUCGACAUUCCGCUACGAUACAUCCAGGGUCAAUUGGGAGGAAAUGGCUGAUGAGUUCAAAACUAAACUAAGCCCUGUAAUCCCCUCGGUGGAGCACAUAAUGUCAUGCACAGAAGACCAGUUAGAUGCUGAAAUUACCCACGUGACCGAGGGAAUAAUAAAAAUUUGCGACGAAUUGCUCCCACGAUCGAAAGGUCCCCCUACCCGACCACCGUGGUGGACUAAGGAUCUCGAGAACAAAAAGAAACAGGUCAUCCAGAAUCAUCACAAACUGAGGAAAGCAGUGCGACAGAAUCUCCCUCUCAAUGAUAUCCUCAAAGAAAGAGAUGAGCUCAGAAAAAGUUACUCUGACGCAUGCCGUCAAGAAUCGAUUAAUAAGUUCAAAGAAUUUUGUCAAAGACAAGGCAAAGAGGACGUGUGGGCAGUCACCAACCGCCUGAUCGGAACUCGACCACUGGCACAACCACCUGCCACCCUGGCUAUGCCAGAUGGAACACACACGAAGAGCAGCCUAGAUACAGCUAAAGCUCUCCUGAACUCCUUUUACCCCGACGACAAUGCUGAGUCUGAUACGAUAAACCAACGCAAUCUCAGGAAUGAGAUGCAUACUCCUCCUGAUACACCUGACGAACCCCCUUCACAGACACUGAAAUACUCGAGACCCUAA